AUGGUUCUGAGCGUGGCAGCUGUGUUGCUCUGUGCAUUCCAGGGCGAUGAGCCCGUCAAGCUGCACCUGCUGUGUCGGUCGGGUCUGGAGGGGAAGUCUACUACCCAAAGAGCUGAGUGUGUCUGUGCUGUGCCGGUGCUUGACAGACAGAGGGGCUUCGAAGGUAGAGCGCAAAAACCAAAUAGCAUAGAGAGGGUGAAAAGCCUUCGCGAGUGGAUUGGCGGGGAGAUGGGAAGAGGCAACGUGUGGGUGAGGGACGAAGAAGGGGAUCAAGCCUGGGAUUGCAAUGCAAAGGCGACCAAGCCAGCACAGCAGAUCGUAAAGAAAACGGGCAAGGGCCACUUUUCGGGAGGCGGCGCCAGAGAAGCAGUAACAGCCAUCUGCCUGUCCGAGCUAGGGGAUGCUGCGGCCGUCGCAGGGUUCUUCUCUCAGUCAUGGGUAGAUGGUUGGGAUGGGUGGAAGGAGCUUGGGGAGAGCCCCUCUGACGCCGCAGCCAAAGAGGUGGCCCAGCGUUUUCUUCGUGUGGCCCAAGCAAAUAUCCCGACGCAGGCGAAGACGAAUGCAGCGCGACUGCAAGAGCUACAGCGCUUGGGCUUGGAGUUGAUCACAGCGGAGUCGUAUGGAGUCAACAAUUGUCUGAUUGAUUCGCUGGCGCUGGGCCUGCACUUGCAGGGAGUGUGUCCCGAGCAGAUGACGGCGGAGGCACGGCGUGAGAUGUGCGCAGAUUGCCGCACGCACUUGCAAAAGCAAUUUGGUGUGCCAGAAGGUGUGUUCUUAGACGGGCACAGAGACGCACCGCGAAUCUUGGAAUAUUUUUUGGUGGAACGCUGGAAGCAGAGUGGGUUUGUCCGUGUCAGAUUCCAUGACCCCCUGGACCACGCGGAGUUGAUGAUGGAAACGUCAGAUCUACAGACAUGUGAAUACAAAACACCAGAUUGCGGCAGCGCCUCCGGCAUAGAGCUGCAUGUCUACAACCACAAAACUGAAGCAGGACAAGGCUUCCACUUUGACCUGUUGCGUCCAGCAACGAGGCAGGAGGGCCCCAGCCCCAGCGCGCGUGAAGUGAAGGCAACGGCUCGCAGAAACAGAAGCAGCCCAGGUGCGCGCAAGAGGACACGAGUAGGUGUACGUGCAUCAGUUCGACGAGGCGCUGCUCUGACGCAACGGCCACCCAGAGACAGCACAGGUGGCAGAGGCCAGGUUGAAAGAAAGCGCAAAGGUUUAGAGACUGGCAAGCGUCAAGCGGUGGAGUGGCGCCCACAGAAACGGUUGCGCACAAAAACAGCGGCGCCCGCCAGUGAAGAUCUUGCGGCGCUGCAUAAGCCCACAGAAGACGGAGCCUGGUUUGAAGAUGACUUAUACCUCCUGAGUUUGGACGCUGUCGAAAGGAGCAGCGACCCAAGACGUCGCGAAGAAGUGCGCAUCCAGCGGCUAGGUGAGGAGAUGAGCGAUAAGCCCACGUUGCCAUGGGGACGGCAACAAGUGGACGGAACUGUCGCAUAUGAUCUGUCAAAUGUACAUUGCAGCUUUAAGGCGUGUGAGUUCCAAGCAGACAGCGAGGAAGAGCUGAUUGCGCACAUAGGGGUAGCGCAUAAGGACGCUUUUGCAAAGACCUGGGACGAAGUGCUGACACAAAAAGACCAGCUGCGGCUGUACAGGGCAGCCAUGACUUGGCGUUGCCAGCAGUGCGCACCGAUAGCAAAUGUCUCCAUAGACAGGCGCGCUCUGAGAGCAUACCGGCAAAGCUUGGAAGCAGACAAUGUUUCGACAUUGCUGUGCUUUGUGUGUGCACAGAAGUACCCGCAUAUAACGACGGGGCGUAACCAAUCAAUAGGUUGGGUGCGACCGGUGAACAGCAGUCAGAGUUCAAUUUUCGGCCUGAACAUGGUAGAGGCAGAGAAGCUCUUGGGCAUGGACUCCUAUGUGCGACAAUACGUAGCGGGGGCAACGGAGUUUGCCGAAGCAGAGAUGAGGCGAGAACUGCAGGAGUGGUCAUGUGUUGUAGAGCUGCAGGGUGAGCUACCACAUUGUGGGGAAGUGCUACGGCAAAUGGUGAGUGUAAUCGUGAAAAGUGCCCAUGCCAAAGGGGAUGACUUGGAGGUGGGCCGCGUCAUACACCAGGCGCGCGUGCGGCGCAAAGUCGUAGUGCGGCUGAUCGAAGAUGCGGUGAAGCGCGGGCACCCCGCUUACCAACAAGUAGAAAUGGAAGCCAUGUAUUACAAGGCGUCCAGUCUGCCAGAAGACGGCGUGCCCAAAGAAGUCAUUUCGGUGCUGCCCCUAGAUGAUGCUCUGAACCAAAUUAUGCGACAGAAAGCGGCCACGCCAGUGAGAGAGGCAGAAGAAUUCAAGCGCAUGAUGAAGCCAAAUGCUGUUGUGGCUGAAAAAAGCAGUGUGGGGUUGACCGACAUCAACGCAAGCCAUGUUUCGGCGUUGCAGGCCACCGCAACGAAGGGAGCAAUUGGUGAGAACGACGCGCCAGAAUUCCUGCUGCGAACGGGAAAUAAACUGCUGGACCAAUUUCAGCCGCAAUAUUUUGGAAUGGCAUUCCCAUAUGUCUUUAAGUAUUGCACAGGCAUGCCAGACCCUCCGGCAUGGACUGCGAAGGCCCGUUUUAGGCGGCGCCCAGACGCGCCAAGGGUAGAACUGAAGGACUGGGUGAAAAUCAUGGCGCGGCGAUGUGAAGCGCAAGUGGCGCAAGAUAUUGAAGCGGGGGCGACGCAGCUGCUGAAGGCGCUGCAAGGCCACUACAUGGAUAGAAGAGGGAAGCCAAAAGCAGUAAACAUGGAUGUGAGCAAAUUGCAGUAUGUCCGUGGCCUGCGGCCAGCUGCGCGAAAGCUGCUACAAAACAUGCGGCACACCGCGCAAGAAUUACCAGGAACGCAGGAGGCGCGUAGGCGCAUGCGCUUUGAGAUUGAAGCCUUGCGUAUACGUUUUGGCGUCCCACUGUUUGUGACCUUUUCGCCGGAUGAAGCACACCAAAUGCUCUAUGUCCGCAUGGCCCGGACACGCUGUAGUGACCCGGUGCGUGCAGUGUCCCUGUACCAAGACUGGAACGUAGGAGACCGAGAUUAUCCUCCUGUGGACCAUGAGGAGUGGCCAGUGCACUUGGAGAGACUGCAGCGGCUGUUGCCAUGCUGGGAUAUGCGGCGCCAAGCGUUGAUAGUGCGUGCGGUGCAGCGUGCGCAGGAUGCGCAGACAGGGUACUGCGCAGACUAUUGCGCAAAGAACCAGCCAAUGGCCUUCCACGAGAUCAAAGAAAUGCAACGGGGCCACCAACAGUUGCAGCAAGACAUGCGGAAGGAGCCGAUAGAAAAAAUAGGGAAGCGAACCACAGCGCGGUUCUUAAGUGACGCAUACUGCAAAGGCAUUGUGCGAGGGCAAGUCGAGUGUUGCAACCUGCGCGCAUAUCAAAAGAGCAGCUGCGUGGUUGCGGCGGAAAGAAUAAGCACAGCUGCUUGCUGUAGCUUUCCCGGCCGAGCGCUGCUGCAAGCUGUUGACCUGGCAUUCAACGAGGACAGUGGAGAGACCCGCUGUGAGUGGAGGAACGGCGCGGCAAAAGGGGAAGCCAAGUUGGAGGCAGCAACUGCCGAAGAGACGCAAGUUCGGCUGCUUCCAGGGGUGGACUUCCGGAGGAAGAACUCGCCACAAACAGUUGAUAGGGCAUUCUUCCCAGCAAGUGCGGGAGCUGCAAUGCGGCACGGUUGGACCCUGCAGCGCAGGCGCCGGCCGGAGUGCCCUCACAUGGGAAACGCCCCAGUGCCAAACAGGGCCGGGGAGGACACCGAAAGCAACGCAAAGCUGACAAUGACGUAUUUUCGUGCAUGGACCUUGGAGAAGCAACGUGGCACCAAGCAUGUGCCAUACAUUAGGCAGUUGCGUGGGCUGGAAGAGACAUGGGAGAAAAGCUUACGAAGGUGGUUGCUGCAAUUGCCAUGCGAAGAGACCAAGCGAUACGUAGGCAAUUUUUUGGCUGUGUAUAGGGUGCGGCCAGAGGCUGACAUGGAAAACAGCGACAAUGAAGACGACAAGGAGGAGUUAACCGUCACCGAAGAGCUAAUAACCGAAGCUUGCCAAACACACGUGCCAGUGAAUGAGGCGAUGAAAGAAAGCAAGUGGUCCAAACAUCGAAGUUUGAUAGUCGAAGCGCUGCAACAGGACCUCAGGGAAGGCAAAUGCAACUCCCAACAAGCCGAGUUUUGUCGGCGGAUAGUCGAGCAAAUGAAAGCCGAAAUGCAGUCGGCAGAAGGGGCAACACCCGAGCCACUGCGGUGGGCCUUGCACGGCGGGCCAGGCACAGGCAAAUCACACACAUUGAAACUCAUACGAGAAGAGCUGUUCGAGCAGAUCGCUGGGUGGACGCGUGGGUCGCAGUACCAGAUUGUGACGCUGCAAGCGGUCAUGGCAAAUGAUUUGGACGGGGACACCAUUCACCAUGCACUAGGGCUAAAUUGGCAGAGUGCUUCAGACGACAAAAUCAGUGGGAGCAAAUUCUUGGACUUGAGUGCCAAGGCCGUGCAAUGGCGUUGGCUAAUAGUAGACGAAAUCAGCAUGGUCAGCGCAGAGCUUUUGGCCAGGUUGGAUUUGCGAUGCCGGGAGCUGGUGCGAGACCUCGCACAGAGCAAGUAUGCACGAGGAAGCGCUCACGCUCGGCCCUUCGGGGGGGUUGAAUGUGAUUUUGGCCGGGGACCUAUGGCAGUUGCCGCCCCCACGCGGAACAUUCUUGGGAGAGGCCUGGACAAGGACAACGUCUUUCCUGUGACGCUUCAACGGCAACCAUGGCACAUAGACAAAGGCUUUGCAACGACUGCCCACGCCGCACAGGGUCAAACCUACGCAGAGGGGGCAAUAACAGACAUGCAAAUCGGCGAAGGCGGAGACCCCAUGACAGCGUACAUUGCGGUGACACGGGUGAGAGAUAGAGAGGGUUUAUACAUCUACAGACCCUUUGAUGCCUCGCCAUACCAGAAAGGAUGUAGCGUGGGGAGGGCUCUGUUGUUGCAGACCUGGCGUGGGGACUGCAUCGAUUGGGCAACGGUACGCAGGCGCUACCGAGAAGAAGAAGCGUGCAGCGAGUGCCGCGAACGCAAGCCCAAAAGCGGGUACACUGCAGGGCAGUGGAAACGGGAAGCAGCCGCGCGGGUGUGCAGAGAAUGCGUGCGUAACCAUGCGGCAAACAACACGCCGUGGCAAUGCAGCGUAUGCAAAGCAUGGCAGGACGAGGCCGCCUUUGCAGAGCAAUACGCGCGCCCGCAGUGCACUUUCUACCGCGUGUGCCACACGUGCGAAGUGCAGAAGCCGUGCUGCAAGUGCGGCGUGGCAAAGCCGGCGAGCGCGUUUGGAGCUUCUGCGUGGAAGGCGCGACAUGCAGACCGACGUUAUUGCAAGGAGUGCGCAGUGAAAGUGACCGGUCAUUGGCGCUGCGGAGUGUGCAGUGCGCAAAAAGCACGCGAGCACUUCAGCGCGUGGACACGGCAAAGCACGAGGCAAAAUGGAAAGCAGCGUAAUGGAAAGCAGCGUUGCAAUCCGUGCUUCCAGGCAAGGGAAAUCCGGGCGGCUGCAAAGAAGGCAAAGGGCAGACUAGACAAGCUGCGAGUGCAGGACAAGAGACAGCAGGUAAUGAGGUGCAUUCGGGCAGAAAGCCCGGACAGCGUACGGCCGUUGCUGCGAAGAAGCGUGAUGCGACAAGCGAUACGCCGUGCGACUGCAUGGCAGACGAAGGUAGCGGAGGAAAAGAGACAGCAAGUCAUAGCUCUUGUCAGGGAAGAGAUCGCUGACCGUGCGCAACAGAGGAAAACACCACCAGAGAAGCAAGCAGAGCCGACAGAGACAAAGACCCCACCCCGCAGAGCGACGACGCGAGCAGCGUCGGAAGAGCCAGCAGCAAAGCGCGCAAAACACGAGUCGGUCAGAAACAAUAUGCACACAGAGCAAAAACGGAGGAGGGCAGAGGGAACGGACCAGAUGCGAGGUCCACCCGAAGAGACGCAGGCCACGGCGACAGCCGCGCAGGAAACAAACGCAGCGCCGGCAAAGUUACCUGGACGGAAGGCCGCGAAGGAAAUGUUCCAAUAUGCAUGUCCUGUUUGUGAGGCGUCGGUGAGCAGCAGCGUGCGCACAGGUUUGCUAACUGGUUAG